UCUGGACUAGGACCUGUGAGGACUUUGGAAGAUCCCAGAUGAUCACUCGAAAUGGGAGGAGAUGGACCAGGCUUGGGGUCACACACUGGACUUUAGGGUUUAGACACCGAAUUUAUAGAACAUAACAGAAAGUAUAGACGUGUCCUCAUAUUUUCUACUGUGGAUUGUCAUAUAUGGAUAUGGAUGUCAUAUAUUCACUGUAGUCUUCAGUCUUUAGGAUAAACUGUUACACUGAAAAACCACUCACUUCUGGAUCUUGGCUGAAGAACUGAUAAGCUGAAGGACAAAAUCAGUACCUGGAAAAUCUGAGCUCACCACUCCACUCAACCAUGAGUGAGGAAAUGGAGAUAGCAGAAGACAAAGACUGGACAGAACUUGAACCCAACUACCCCGUCAAAAUCUUCCUGACGGUCUUUUACAGCCUCAUCUUGGUGACGGGUAUUGUGGGUAAUUCUGUCACGGUCAGAGUGACACAAGUGCUGAAGCAAAAUGGCUACCUGCAGAAGAAUGUGACCGACCACAUGGUUAGCCUGGCGUGCUCUGACUUGUUGGUGCUCCUUAUUGGCAUGCCAGUAGAGCUCUACAGUGCCAUCUGGUUCCCAUUCACAUCAGCAUCAGGCAACGCUUCCUGUAAGAUCUACAACUUCUUGUUUGAGGCUUGCAGCUAUGCUACCAUCCUCAACGUCGCCACGCUUAGCUUCGAGCGCUAUGUGGCCAUCUGCCACCCGUUCCGCUUCAAAGCCUUGGGUGGGAAGCGUACCUCUACCCUUAUUACCUUUGCCUGGCUGGUGUCUGUGCUCGUGGCCCUGCCAUUGCUGGUUGCCACGGGGACGCAGGGCCACAUUCCCUUCCUAUUAGAUACACCCGUCCAGAAUCUGACCUUCUGCACCAAUCUCAGGGAGCGCUGGGUGAUGUACAGGACCAGCAUCUUUGUGGCUUUCAUCAUCUACAUGAUUGUGCUGAUCUGCGUGGCCUUCAUGUGCAGAGCCAUGAUCCUGGUCCUGAGGAAACCUUUGGCUUCCUUGGAUGAAGGGACCAAUGGAACUCAAAGAGCACCCAAGCAUGAAAGUUCAAAGGUCAAGAUGGCCAGGAAGCAGACUAUCAUAUUUCUUGGUCUCAUCGUGGGAUCCCUGAUGGUGUGCUGGCUUCCCAACCAGAUUCGUCGUCUUAUGAUGGCCGCCAUACCUAAGUCCCGCUGGACCACUUCUUACUUUCGGAGCUAUGUCACACUUCAUCCUGUGGCGGACACCUUCUUCUACCUUAGCUCCGUUAUCAACCCUUUCCUUUAUAACCUGUCCUCCAAGCAGUUCAGGGAGGUCUUUGUCCAGGUACUGCGGUGCCACCUGACUAUCGAACAUGUGAACAAACGCACCUUGCAGCAAUCCCACGCUGCUUCUGCACGCUCUCUCCGGCCCCUGCUAAUGAAGUCAUUGCGUCGAAGCAGUGCAAACCGCUCCACCCUUGCACAAGAGAAAACCCCACGCACCUUUACAACCUUUCAGAAGCAAAGUGACUCAGGAGUGGCUUCAAACAGUCAGAUGUCCCUGAGUCUGUGUGCAGCGUCAGAUUCAGUUCUCAAAAUAAAGACAGAUGAACCGUCAGAGACUGAAAUAUGACAUGCUGUACAAUUUAAUGCAACACACUGUUUGAUCCAAGGACGCUUGUGCUGUGCCAUUAGAAACAAAUAGAGAGAUACUGCUCAUACACAGUAAACACAGUACAAAGUGUUCAGUCAGGAAUUUCAUUGAAAGAUCACACUCAGCUGACAAUUCGGCACAAUAAAAGGCUUGAUGAGAUAUGUAACUUAGGGAAUGUGAAAUUGUUAUCAAGUCAGUCAGUCAUUCAAAAGCUCAAAUACUCAGUUAAGUAUGAAGACCUCACAGUCUGAGUUAAAGUUAAGGGUGACCAGUGGAGUAUUUAACCACUUGUGGUACUGUGAUGUGUGGGUCCUUGUGUUUUUGCAUAUGUAUUCAAACUGCACACUGAUUAUUAUCAAGUUAAACCGAUCUCGUUUUUAAGAGGGGCUCCAAAA